UGGGCGGAGAAUCUGACACCGGGUAUUUAAAGAGGCGAGCGCAAGUUUUGUAGUCAGAGUGGCUACACAUAUCGCUUAGAUAACCUUACGCCACGUUCGCUCUUAGUGUUCAUCACCGGUCCUUAUUACAUCUCUUCAUUCUUCAGUAACUAUCAAAAUGCCCGAGGAACCAAUGACAGAGGAGGUGGAGACCUUCGCCUUUCAGGCUGAGAUCGCUCAGCUUAUGUCCUUGAUCAUCAACACAUUCUACAGCAACAAGGAAAUCUUCCUGAGAGAGUUGAUCUCCAACUCCUCCGAUGCCCUGGACAAGAUUCGCUACGAGUCCCUCACCGAUCCCUCCAAGAUCGAAUCUGGCAAGGAGCUCUUCAUCAAGAUUGUCCCCAACAAAGAUGACAGAACAUUAACCAUUAUUGAUAGUGGUAUUGGUAUGACCAAGGCUGACCUGGUCAACAACCUGGGUACCAUCGCCAAGUCAGGCACAAAGGCUUUCAUGGAAGCUCUCCAAGCUGGUGCUGACAUUUCCAUGAUUGGUCAGUUUGGUGUAGGUUUCUACUCUGCAUACCUCAUUGCUGACAAGGUCACAGUAGUCUCCAAGAACAACGAUGAUGAGCAGUACGUGUGGGAGUCCUCAGCUGGAGGCUCCUUCACUGUGAGGCCAGAUCACGGGGAGCCCAUUGGCCGAGGUACAAAGAUCACACUCCACCUGAAGGAAGAUCAGACAGAGUACUUUGAGGAACGACGUAUCAAGGAGAUUGUGAAGAAGCACUCUCAGUUCAUUGGUUAUCCUAUCAAGCUUGUUGUUGAGAAGGAGAGAGACAAGGAAGUAUCUGAUGAUGAAGAGGAGGAGAAGGAAGAAGAAGAAAAGAAGGACGAAGAAGAAGACAAGGAAAAGCCAAAGAUCGAAGACGUAGGAGAAGAUGAAGAUGCAGACAAGAAGGAAGACGGCAAGAAGAAGAAAACUGUCAAGGAGAAGUACACAGAAGAUGAAGAGCUCAACAAGACCAAGCCUUUAUGGACCAGAAACCCUGAUGACAUUUCUCAGGAAGAGUAUGGCGAGUUCUACAAAUCCCUCACCAAUGACUGGGAAGAUCAUCUGGCUGUUAAGCACUUCAGUGUGGAAGGGCAGCUAGAGUUCCGUGCCCUGUUGUUCCUUCCCCGUCGUGCUCCUUUCGAUCUGUUUGAAAACCGUAAGCAGAAGAACAAGAUCAAGCUGUACGUUCGAAGGGUUUUCAUCAUGGAGAAUUGCGAGGAUCUCAUUCCUGAAUACCUGAACUUCCUUAACGGUGUGGUUGAUUCAGAAGAUCUGCCCCUGAACAUUUCUCGUGAGAUGCUUCAGCAGAACAAGAUCUUGAAGGUUAUCCGCAAGAACUUAGUCAAGAAGUCUAUGGAACUCUUCGAGGAAAUCACUGAGGAUAAGGAAAACUACAAGAAGUUCUACGAGAACUUCUCCAAGAAUCUCAAGUUGGGUAUCCACGAAGAUUCUACUAACCGCAAGAAGUUGGCAGAUUUCCUCCGCUACCACACCUCUUCCUCAGGUGAUGAGAUGUGCUCGUUGAAGGAUUACGUCUCACGAAUGAAGGAGAACCAGAAGCACAUCUACUACAUCACCGGUGAGUCCCGUGAACAGGUGCACAACUCUGCCUUUGUCGAGAGGGUCAAGAAGCGUGGAUUUGAGGUCAUUUACAUGACUGAACCCAUUGAUGAAUAUUGUGUGCAACAGCUGAAGGAGUAUGAUGGCAAGCAGUUGGUAUCUGUCACAAAGGAAGGUCUUGAACUCCCAGAGGAUGAGGAAGAGAAGAAGAAAUUCGAGGAGCAGAAGACCAAGUAUGAGAAUCUCUGCAAGGUCAUGAAGGACAUCUUGGACAAGCGAGUGGAGAAGGUUGUCAUCAGCAACAGGCUCGUCACAUCCCCCUGCUGUAUCGUCACAUCCCAGUAUGGUUGGACAGCUAAUAUGGAAAGGAUCAUGAAGGCCCAAGCCUUGAGGGACACGUCCACCAUGGGAUACAUGGCUGCCAAGAAGCACCUGGAGAUCAACCCAGACCACUGCAUCGUUGACACCCUCCGCCAGAAGGCAGAUGCUGACAAGAACGACAAGUCUGUCAAGGAUCUUGUGAUGUUGCUGUUCGAGAGCUCCCUUCUGUCCUCUGGAUUUACUCUUGAGGAUCCUGGUGUCUUUGCCAGUAGAAUUUACAGAAUGAUCAAGCUUGGUUUAGGAAUCGACGAGGACGACAUGACUGUAGAAGAAUCUGCCGAAGGCGGAGACGAAGAAAUGCCUCCACUGGAAGGCGAUGACGAAGAUGCAUCUCGUAUGGAGGAAGUUGACUAAAAUGUGAAUCCUGUCUGUUACUAUAUAGUCGAUCUUAACAACCAUUCCAUCUCAUCCCAUUCCAUCCCAUCCCAUCUCAUCUCAUGCCAUCCCAUUUUAAACCAUAACAUUCUCAUAAACACUUCUCGUAAGCCUCAUAAGUUCACUACACAUGUUAUCACUUUCAUUUAUAUAGGAAGAAGGUCUUCGAGUUAACAAGCGUUAGUUAGGAAACUUCAUUAAAUUUGAUGUCGAUAUCUGCUUUAACUGAAGUUGUAUCCCUUUUUGAUCCAUAUUGGACAUCCUGUUCUAAGAACAUUCCUAUUUUUGUACAUAAGUUGACGACAAUGUACAUUUUCCUUUGUUAAUAAAGCGUUGAGCGUU